AUGGGGCUGCUGGAGCGCCUGCGGAAGGAGUGGUUCAUCCUCGGGAUCGUAAUGGUCAUCGCGGUGGCGCGGCUGGAGCCCACCGUCGGCGUCAAAGGGGGACCCUUGAAACCAGAAAUUACCAUAACUUACAUUGCUGUUUCAGCUAUCUUCUUUAACAGUGGACUCUCCUUAAAAACAGAGGAGCUGACAAGUGCUUUGAUGCAUGUGAGGCUACACCUUUUUGUCCAGAUUUUUACACUUGUGUUCUUCCCAACUGCAAUAUGGCUCUUUCUUCAGCUCUUAUCAAUCACACCUAUAAAUGAAUGGCUUUUAAAAGGCUUGCAGACAGUAGGCUGCAUGCCACCUCCUGUGUCUUCUGCAGUAAUACUAACCAAAGCUGUUGGUGGAAAUGAGGCAGCUGCUAUAUUUAAUUCUGCUUUUGGAAGUUUUUUGGGCAUUGUUAUAACUCCACUUCUGCUGCUGCUUUUUCUUGGAUCAUCCUCCUCUGUGCCUUUUACAUCUAUAUUCUCCCAGCUGUUUAUGACUGUUGUAGUCCCCCUUAUUAUUGGACAGAUUGUCCGAAGAUACAUCAAGGACUGGCUCGAAAGGAAGAAGCCUCCAUUUGGUGCUAUCAGCAGCUGUGUGCUCCUGAUGAUCAUCUACACGACGUUCUGUGAUACCUUCGCCAAUCCCAACAUUGACCUUGAUAAAUUUAGCUUGAUUAUAAUAGUGUUGAUAAUAUUUUCUGUACAGAUGAGCUUCAUGUUUUUGACUUUCCUCUUCUCUACAAGGAAUAACUCUAGUUUCACACCAGCAGACACAGUGGCUAUCAUUUUCUGUUCCACACACAAAUCCCUCACCCUGGGGAUUCCAAUGCUGAAGAUAGUCUUUGCGGGUUACGAGCACCUGUCCUUAAUCUCCGUCCCCUUACUGAUCUAUCAUCCAGCUCAGAUUCUUCUUGGCAGUCUGUUGGUACCAACAAUAAAAUCUUGGAUGGUUUCCAGGCAAAAGGCACAGAAGUUAACCAGGCAGCCCAAGGCACCCGUGAAGGUAUAA